AUGGGUAUUCUCGUCUCUAUGGGCGGUUUUCUCUUCGGUUAUGACACUGGUCAAAUCUCCGGCUUCUUGGAGAUGGAAAACUUCCUUGAGCGAUAUGGUGAACUUCAAUCAGAUGGGACUUACCAUUUCAGUAAUGUCCGCUCGGGUCUCAUUGUUGCCUUGUUGUCAAUUGGCACUCUGAUAGGCGCUUUAAUUGCAGCGCCGAUCGCUGACCGCUUCGGACGAAAGUGGUGUAUCAGUUGGUGGUCUCUGAUGGUGUGUAUUGGAAUCACCAUUCAGAUAUCAUCACCAUUUGGCAAGUGGUACCAGGUCGCCAUGGGUCGUUGGGUCGCCGGACUCGGUGUUGGUGCCGUCUCUCUCCUGGUACCUAUGUAUCAAGCAGAAUCAGGGCCGAGACACAUUCGAGGAUCGCUGAUUAGUACAUAUCAGCUAUUCAUUACACUUGGAAUCUUCGUUGCCAACUGUAUAAAUUUUGGAACGGAAGCUCGCCCCGACACCGGUUCAUGGCGUAUCCCUAUGGGUAUCACGUAUAUUUGGGCCGCCAUCCUUGGUGUUGGCAUGAUGUUCUUCCCUGAAAGUCCACGCUACGACUACCGCCACGGAAACGUGGAGAAAGCUAUGAACACACUUUCCAAGGUUUAUGGUAUCCCUCGUAACCACCGCGCUCUCCACAUCGAGUUCGAUGAAAUCAGACAGAAACACGAGGAAGAGCAACGCAACGGGAAGGUGACUUGGAUGCAGAUGUUCCGUGCUCCGACAAUGGCGUACCGGAUCGCUGUUGGCGUCGCCCUGCAAGCUCUCCAGCAACUGACAGGUGCUAAUUACUUCUUCUAUUAUGGAACAACGAUCUUCAAGGGCGCUGGAAUCCAGAACAGUUAUGUCACGCAGAUGAUUCUAGGCGGAGUCAACUUUGGAACAACAUUCCUUGGUCUCUAUCUAAUUGAGCACUGGGGCCGACGCCGUUCUCUCAUAACCGGCGCGCUAUGGAUGUUCGUCUGCUUCAUGAUCUUUGCAUCAGUGGGCCAUUUCUCCCUCGAUCACGAGUUCCCUGAGAGAACAAAAACUGCCGGCGUGGUUAUGGUUGUUUUUGCCUGCCUUUUCAUUCUUGGCUUUGCCAGUACCUGGGGUCCCAUGGUGUGGACGAUCAUCGCCGAGCUAUACCCUUCGCAAUACCGUGCCCAAGCCAUGUCUCUGGCGACUGCAUCCAACUGGCUCUGGAACUUCCUCCUUGCCUUCUUCACUCCCUUCAUUACCGGCGCCAUUGACUUCCGCUUUGGGUAUGUCUUUGCCGGGUGCCUUUUCCUUGCUGCGGGUCUGGUUUGCUUCGCUGUUAUGGAGGGACAGGGCCGUACUCUGGAGGAGAUCGAUACUAUGUACCGGAUGAAGGUGAAGCCGUGGAAAAGUUCGAAGUUCCAGUUCCCUGCUGAACCAAGCGUUAUCCGGGGCUCGUUUGAUAAGGACGCUCCUCGCUCGUCUCAUGUUGCUGAUCCUACUACCGAGCUACGGGAAGAUGGGUCUUGGGGGGCUGAGACACGCGCGUAA